AUUUUCUCUGGUUUUUCUUACACGAUGACUCAACUCCCAUCUUUCCUCUCUCUCCUUCCUUUCUCUCCAUCUCUUCAUUCAAUCAAUCAAAACUACAUUUCUUCUCAAUUUUAAUCACUUCUUUCAAUGGAGGAUGACAAAGAUAAUCUGGAUUCCACCACCGGCGACACCCUCAUAAAUACAAAUGCCGCCGCCGCCGUCGCCGACGAUACAAUUCUCAAAACUGACGACGAUAAUCUCCCUGAGACCAAAUCAGAUUCAAAUACCCUACUCGAUAUCAUAAACGACAAUGAACCUUCACCUACCACCCCCUCCACAUCCGCCGCCGCCGCCGCUGAAGAACCAAGAGAGGAAUCAUCCAAGAACACAACGGAGACGGCGAUCGAAGAGAUAGGCGAACUAGAGACAACAAUCGAAGAAACAACACCAGCUGAUUCACCACCCCCAGAUUUCGAAACAGUGUGUGAAGAAAUCGAUCAAUUUAUCAUAUCAUUGAAUAAAUCAGCCUCAGAAAGAUCCUCCCCGCCGGAAAAUCUCAACACGGUGACACAGUUUUCCGAUCUCAUCGAUGAUAAGAUUCCAUCCCAAGAUUCUUCAAGCGAAGGAAAAUGGAACCCAUUAUUAGAAACCGACCAUUUAUCUUUAAUAGAUAACGUCGAUCGUGUUCACAGUCUAUUAAUGGCACUCAGGGAAUUCUCGUCGGAUUCGAAUUUCGCCGAUUCAAUAAAUCGAAUCGAUGGUAUUCUCCAACGAGCUAUGAUGUAUCUAGAAGAUGAAUUCAGAACAAUUUUGGAAGAAACUAAACCGCCUCCUCUGCCGACACCCAAGGAGGAACAAGAUCCGCCGCCCGAUCAACAUUCCGGCGACCAACAAGAUCAAACGCCGGCUGAAUGUGAACCAGUACCUGAAGAAGACAAUUUCAAAGGGUACUUAGAAGAAUCCGUUUCAAAUUUACACAGAAUCUGUAGAGCGAUGAUAAAAGCAGGGUAUGAAGCAGAAUGUUCUCAAAUUUACAUAAUCACAAGAAGAAAUGUAUUGGAGGAAUCAUUACAUGAAUUAGGGUUCGAGAAAUCAAGCAUCGAUGAUAUUCAGAAAAUGCAAUGGGAAUCAUUGGAAAGAGGAAUUGGUUCAUGGACAAACACGUUUAAACAUUUCAUUAAAGUUCAACUUCCCGGCGAACGUAAACAAGCCGAGACAAUCUUCUGCGACGACACCGCCGCCGCCGAUGACAAACAAAACAAUUCAUCAAAAUUCGCUGUCGAAAUCUUCUCAACAAUAUCACGAGCAGUCAUGCUAAGUCUCCUUAGCUUCGCCGAAUCCGUCGCCAUGUCAAAACGUUCAUCGGAAAAACUGUUUAAAUUCCUCGACGUCUAUGAAACUCUCCGGGACACAACCCCCGCAUUCGACGACAUAUUCCCUGAACAACACGCAAACGAACUCAAAACCGACAUAAUCAUAACCAAAGCUCGUCUAGGCGAAUCAAUGGUUUGUAUUUUCUGUAGUCUUGAGAACUCCAUUAAAGCCGAUACCGGAAAAACUCCAGUCCCCGGCGGCGCAAUCCACCCAUUAACACGUUACACAAUGAACUAUCUAAAAUACGCAUGCGUCUACACAGAAACACUCGAACAGAUCUUCAAAGAACAUCUGAAAAUCGAACGGAAAGAUUCUACUUCCAGUUUAGAAUACGAUAGCAAUCAAAAACAACAGCAAAAUCAGAAUCAACAGUCAAAGCUUUCACCUUUCGCAACCCAAUUAACCAAACUCAUGGAUCUAUUAGAUUCCAAUCUGGACACUAAAGCAAAAUUAUACAGAGACACAGCAUUAAGUUUGAUAUUCCUGAUGAACAAUGGAAGAUACAUACUUCAAAAGAUCAAAGGUUGCGUUGAGAUUCAUGAGUUAAUGGGUGAUACUUGGUCGAGGAAAAGAUCAUCGGAGGUAAGACAGUAUCAUAAAAGUUACCAGAGAGAAACAUGGGGGAAGCUUCUAAAUUGUUUAAGCCACGAGGGUUUGAACGUGAACGGGAAAGUGGUGAAACCGGUUCUUAAAGAAAGAUUCAAGAGUUUUACGGCGAUGUUCGAUGAGAUUCACCGGAGCCAGAGUACGUGGGUUGUUAGCGACGAACAGUUGCAGUCGGAGCUUCGUAUAUCGAUAACGGCGGUGGUUAUUCCGGCGUAUCGGUCUUUUCUGGCGAGGUUUGGAUCGACUCUUACGCCGGGGAGACAAACGGAGAAGUAUGUGAAAUUACAGCCUGAAGAUUUAGAAACGCAAAUUGAAGAGCUUUUUGAUGGGAAUGCAAACGUUGGUGGAGGAAAGAAGAGAUAAGGGUUUUAUUUAAUUUUAAAGGUUUAAUUUUUUUCUCUCUUUUUUUUUUUUUAAUACUUUUAUACAUAUAAAAAAAAUGGCAAUUAAUUAUAUAAAUAUGAUUAUUUUCUGUAUCAAAAUAAUGGAGGUGAUGGUGAUAAAUACAUUCCUUCAAAUUAAGCAAGAACUUGUAGUA